CAGAGAGGGUCGGCUCAGGUGUCCCAAGUGACAUUUUGUUACAUAAAAUAAUCUGUGGAAAAACCGGGUUGUAAACAGCGCACGAGGAGCCGCCACCAAACCAAACCACGUGAUCAAAUGCGGAAAUUGUCCGAUCGGGAAAGUGUAGCGUAGAAAAGAGGGGAGUGGAGGCUCUGGUGUACGUCUGUGUUUUGAGCUGCUGCUGCUGGUGACACUAGCUGGACUCUCCUCAACCAAACAGCACGUCCACACUCACCCCAUCGGUUAUCUGCUCACUUAGAGGCACCAGUGUCACCUGUCGGGAAUCAAAGUAAGGGUUGUUCUGAGGUCAGACUGCUGAGAUGACAAGGCUGUGACAGUGUGUGUCCAAGUGUGUCGGUACUGGACCAAUUCCUGUGACAUGGCUGCUGCUAAGAAGAGUUGUACGAAGGCAGGAGGCGUGCGCUUCUCAGAGAUGCCCCCUGCUGCCGGAGCCCCAUCACAUGUUCACUUUGACGAAAAGCUGCAUGACUCCGUUGUCAUGGUGACUCCAGAGGACGAUGGCAACUUCAUGGUGAAGGUUGGCUUCCUGAAGACGCAGCACCGGUAUGAAGUAGUGUUCACCUUGCCCGAGGUCCCAGCUCUGGGGAAGGACGUGUGUCCAGCACCAGUGCCUAGUCCACACCUCCGGAUCACUGAUAUCACACCGGCACCAGAGGGAGGUCUGAAGGUGACGUGUGAGUACAUGGCCCAGCACGAGGGCGUUCUGUGUGAGGAGGUGCUGCUGCUGAGCGAGACCAACGAGGACGUCUGUGUUAAAGUUAAAGUUCACGCCAGAGUCAUGGAUCGUCACCAAGGUACACCCAUGCUGCUGGAUGGCGUCCGCUGCAUCGGGGUGGAGCUGGAGUACGACUCUGAGCAGAGCGACUGGCAGGGAUUCGACUAACCCUGUAGCUCCUGCUCCUGUUCCACCUGAAGCACACACACAUAUACACAAACCUGACCUGAGACACACACACACACACACACACACACACACACACAGCUGACAUCAUAGAACUGUACAACCACCAAAUUUAACACACACCAAAUAGGAAACAGCGUACACACAGAUGAUUUAGUGCCACGUAAUGUACAUACAGCAAGUGUUCACUGUUGGAUUCUAACAUACAGAAACAUUCCUCUGCUGCAGCUUUCAUAACAUCAACAGCAUCUGAACAGUCAGUUUCCUCCAGCUCACCUUUUUGUCACCACCACGGUUCUGUUGUUAACCUGUGUUUCCCUCACUGCACCUCUAGAGAGCAGCAGCGCUCUUUGAAUCAGUGCAGCCUCAGCUCUCUUCUCACCGCCUCCUGUGCUCCAGUGCACACUGUCCCUGAAGUGCAAACUGAACCCCAGAUGACUUUUAAAACAACAGUCCAAAACAAAAACAGAACGACAGUCUAUUACAGCAACAGAUGCAUCCAGAUGUACUUCAGUGUCAUGGGUCCUUCAUAAACAGAAAGAAGUUCUCCCAUGACGAGCCAGUAAGUAUUCAAAGGAGGCAGCUUCUGUCCUACAGCUAAUCCAUUUAGCGAAUUCUGUUUUGUUUUGUUUUUUUGUAUUUUUCCAGUGCUUGAACCACAGUGUUGUUGAAGUGUAAAGACACGUAAAAUUUCAACACCUCCACCACAUAACAAUGUGUAAAAUCUGUGGUUUUGAAAAGUGUACAAAGCCAAAGUUUAUUCUGAUGACUAAGUUGUGCUGAAACACUUUUCUACUGCAAAACCUUUUUGUCGUUAAACUGCAAAUGUUUGACUUUAUUUGCUGCGAAUUUUAAAAAACUAAACAGCAAGAUUUAAUCAGAAAUGGUGGCUGUUUGUGAGGGUGUUAAACAGAGCGAGUUAAAAUGACAAAAAUUCUCUGAGUCCAGUUGUGCAAAUAUGGGGAUUUCUUUCAUCUCUCUGUUUUGUUGUCUUUGUAAAUUUAAUAUCUUUGAGUUUUGGAUCGUUGUUCCAACAAAACAAGACAUUUGAGGACAUUUUUUCUGUAUUCCUGGUGUCUUUAAACCCAAAUUAUUAACCCUUUAAUCAAGAAGUAACCAUUAGAUUAAUCAACACUGAAGAGUGUUCUGGGUGGAUUUUUCCUUUAAGAAAACCUGCUGCAGCCGGUCCAGAUGAGUUUCUUUCUUUCUUCAUGAAGCCUUCAGACCACACGUGCGACGCAAAGUGCCUUUCAUUGUACCCUGCCGUCCUGUUUCUCCUGUAACUUGAGCCUGGUGUGGUUUGAUCAUCUCCUGUCACACACUGUACCCUCCAGACGAACACAGGGACCAGUGUGGGGCCCACUGUUUGUUGUCUCUCCCCUCUCCCUCCACCGGCUUGCCUCAGACAGGUGUAUAUCUGACUCCCAUCACUCCUCUGGCAGUGCGAGUGCAGCUCAGAGAGAGUCGACAGGUUGUAAAUGAGUUUAAUCACCUGUCAGCUCUGCUUCAUUUACAUUGUGCCAUGAUCUGGCUGCACUGUCGUCUCCCCUCUUUUUACAGACUCCUGAUAUUCUGUGUGAAUCGACAUGUUUUGUUUCUGUUAAACCCUCCUGAAUACAUCAGCCUUAAAGGAAAUGAUUCUGUGUGUAACUUCUCAGUAGAUUUCAGAGUAGAUUUAUUAGCUGUUUGCUUGUGAUAGGUCAAAGUUUGUUUCUUCUUCUUGGUGUUAAACUGAAACGCUCGUUAGGUUACUGUUUCGAGAAUGUAGCAGUUUAUUUGUCGACGUCUCUCUUCUGUGUGUGUGGUUUGUAUUUUUUAAUGUCAAAAACCGAAUAAAAAAGAGUGUGAGUUUU